AUGGCCGUCUCCGCGGCCGCGAAACGAGCGAUAUUUGAUGUCGCGCUGUUUGUCGUGUCGCAAGCAGCCUUGUAUUACACUGUGCGAUGGGUGGUGGAUAGCAUGGGACACGGAGAGAGGAAGGAGGUGAAGGCAAAGAGCCUGAAGGCUCUGGAGAAGCUGGGGCACAAGGAUCUGAAGCUAGACGAGUACGAGAAGCAGAUUGCUUCGGAGGUUAUACACCCGGACGACAUCGAGGUACGCUUUACAGAUAUCGGCGGCUUGGAGCCCAUAAUUUCGUCCCUGCGCGAAUCCGUCAUAUACCCCCUCGUAUACCCGCAUCUGUUCAGCUCUUCCUCCCUUCUGGGCGCGCCCAAGGGCGUGCUCCUCUUUGGUCCGCCAGGAUGCGGAAAAACCAUGCUCGCAAAGGCGCUCGCGAAGGAGUCCGGCGCCACGUUCAUCAACAUCGCCGCGUCGGUGCUGACCAACAAGUGGUACGGCGAAUCAAACAAGCUCGUCGCAGCGCUGUUCUCGCUCGCGCGGAAGACGCAGCCGAGCAUCGUCUUCAUUGACGAGAUCGACUCGUUCCUGCGCGAGAGGACGAAGGGCGACCAUGAGGUCACAGGUAUGAUGAAGGCGGAAUUCAUGACCCUGUGGGACGGCCUUUUGUCAAGCACAGACCGCAUACUCGUGCUUGGAGCCACGAAUCGGCCAAAUGACAUUGACUCUGCCAUAUUGCGACGGAUGCCCAAGCGAUUCUCCGUCGGGCUCCCCGAUCUCGAGCAGCGACAGAAGAUCCUCUCGUUGAUGCUAAAGGACACGGACCUGGACAAGACGUUCUCGCUACACAGACUUGCGCAGGAGUCUGAAGGUCUCUCGGGCUCGGACCUGAAAGAGCUCUGCCGCAACGCGGCCAUGCGCCCGAUGCGCGAGUUCAUUCGCGAGGCGGGCGACGACCGCGAGCUGCUUGCGCGGUGCCAAGAAGAUGACUUCAGACUGCGCGCGCUGACGCUGGGCGACUUCUUCCAGUCUGACGGGACGAGCGCGCUGCCACCGGCGAACCCGCUCGAUGAGGUGUCGUAG